AGUGCUUGGAUCGGAAUGAAUGAUCUGGCUAACGAAGGCAAUCAUAUCUGGGUUUCAUCCGGGAAUGAAGCCGAAUUUAAGAGUUUUGCACGCAACCCAUUUCAUGAUGAUUACUCUGUGGAAAACUGUGUUGAAAUGAGGAAAAACGGUCAGUGGAACGAUGUGUACUGCAAAAGAAAUCGAAACUAUUUUUGCGAACUUUCGGGUAUCGAGAAAUGUCCAACAGGAUGGACCUCUUUUGGAAAAAGUUGCUAUAGCAUAAGCAGCAGCCCUGCAAGUUGGUUUUUGGGUCAGACUGUAUGUAAAAAGCAUGGAGCAGAUCUUGUAGAAAUUACCAGCGCUGCAGAGAAUGCAUUCUUGACCGGCAUGAAGAGCGAGGUGAAUGUUGCAAGUGCUUGGAUUGGACUGAUUGUUGAGGGAAACGCACGUAUCUGGGUUUCAUCCAGAUAUGUUGCCAACUUUACGAAUUGGGCAAGUGGGCAGCCUAGCGAUUCUUCCCUUUUGGAAGACUGUAUUGAAAUGCGGGAUACCGGCUAUUGGAAAGAUGUGGACUGUGAAAAGAAACGAAAAUUCAUUUGUGAACGUUCUGGCAGCACAACAGAUGACCACAGCAAACCUUCAGGUAACUGCUUCCCAGACCCAUGCCUAAAUGGAGGAACGUGUAUCGAUGCGAAAGAUAAUUACACAUGUUCUUGUCGCCCUUCAUUCUUUGGAAAAACUUGUGAGGAAAUCGAACCCAAUAACUGCUCGCCAAACCCGUGCCUAAAUGGCGGUACCUGUGUUGAUGGAACCAAUUAUUACAUAUGCUACUGCACAAAUGCAUUUACUGGACGCAACUGUGAUGAGACAUGUCCAGCAGGAUGGACCCUUUUCGAUAGAAGUUGCUACACCUUCAAUAUUAACCCUGCAAGCUGGACUUCCGCUCAGACUUUGUGCAGAAAUGACGGAGGAAAUCUUGCGGAAAUUACCGACGCUGCAGAGAAUUCAUUCCUGGUCCACCUAAGAAACAACUAUUCAGAUACAGAUGCUUGGAUUGGCUUGAGAAAGGCUAACAAUAAAGACACUUACACCUGGGUUUCAUCUGGAAAGGAUCCCAUAUUCACAUACUGGGCAAGUGGCCAACCUAACCUUGCUGCUACUCUGGAAGGCUGUGUUGAAAUAUGGUGGGCCGGAAAGUGGAACGAUUUGCAAUGCGGAACCAAACGACCCUAUUUUUGUGAACGUUCAGUAAUUGUUGCGAAUUAACAGAACUGGAAAAUCUAGAAAGAAAAUGAUCUGCCAAAGACCUGUUAAGAAAGAUUUUACUGUCAUUUUUAAUCCAUACUAGCAAUAUACUAUGUAUCGUAUAAUUAAUUUACCCUCUCAAAUUGUUCAAGUUUAUUUACUGGGGAUAGUAAGGUCGCUUGUUUUAUGUAGUGACAGAAUUAGUUCAGUGAAUGAGAUGUUGAUCAAUAUUUUCAUUUCAAUGUCGAAACAUAUGAUAGUGUGCUAAUUGCAGCAUCUUGUGUAUCACGGUUUCUUUAAGCAUAACAUGUGUAAGACAUUCACAUUCACCUGACGGAGAUGUCAUUUAUUUAUUUAUAUUGUCCUACAAUCUGUAUAUAAUGGGGAUUAAAGAUAACUAUUAACCACAUUUCAGUGACAUACUCUGAUAUGCCACUGUGCUAUAAUGUACAUUAACUGUAAAUGACACAGGUUACAAAUAAAAUUGGAGACCCGUAUAAAAAUAAUUAUUUGUCGCCAUAAACAAUGAAAG